AUGCCUGCCCCAAUCGAAAUCACCGAUCCUCUUGUCGUCGUCCGCGACCUCGCCGACGACGAGAGCCUAGUCGUGACAGAGUUCGAGGAACACGCCAACCGCUGCCGCCACUGCUCCAACGCAGUUGAGACCCUCAAAGACGGCCGUUCCCUCUGCGACCAAGGCAACGCUCGCGCCCGCACUCUGACCCAGUAUAUCUACAGUCGAAACGGCAAGUACUAUUCAGUAGUCGACGCCGAGGCCGGCAAGCCCACACGGGUCAAGCUCGCCCGUGACUCCUAUGCUGUGCGCAACCUCUUCACAGCCCUCGAGCAAGGCCUCCGUCUCCGUUCCAAGCCCGUUGUCAUGCAAGCACCAGUCCAAGCACCCUCCACAGGCCGCAGCUACGACCGCACCUAUCCGAUCCCCGCUCGCAGGGUCAGCGGUGAGCAAGUCCGUCCUCGCUCCAUGUCCCCAGAGACCUUCCAGAUCAUCGAGCGCACUCCUCGCAGCUCGCGCUCGCCAACUUCGAUCAUGUACCGCUCCCCCGGUGGCUCUCCCAGCCGGCCCUCUUCCAGCCGUGGCUCUUUGUACAACACAGACCGCCAGGAGCGAGUUGAGCGCCAGUAUGAGGCUCCCCGUCGGUAUGUCGAGGGUGGCAGCAAGUACCACCGUUGA